CACUCAUUUAAAAGAAAUUUUAUUUAAUUGCGCGUUGGUGAGGAACUCAGUUCUCCAGAAGUUGUGCAAUAAUCACAUUCGAGGUAUACUUAUAUCCCAGUGGGUACACGACAUUUCAAUUGCAGGCACAAUUGCAACGCCAAACGGCAAAUCUCAUAUAUAGAUAUAUAGCCAAAACAAGUCGGACGUGCAGUUUUCACGACACAAAGACCACAGCACAGCAAAAUGAAUCGGCAGGCAAAAUUCCUUAUCUUGUGCCUAUUUGUUGGCCUCUUCUCCUCGAACUUGUGCGAAGAUGCUACUGCUACUGGACCUGUGGCCACCACCACCGCCACGCCGGGUGAUGUUACUACCGUUCCUGUUCCAGAUGAUAAAAACACGACCACAGCGCCUACAACAACGACUUCGACAACCGAGAAGACGACUACUGUACCAACAACUACGUCCACAACAACCACUACGGAGAAAACUACUACGAGCACCACUCCGGCAACAACUACAACUACAACGCCCAACACCACCACAACCACGUCGAGUACAACUUCUUCAACAACGCCAGCCACAACAACAAGCACCACUUCUACAACUCCGUCACCCAACUCGACAACCACUGCAGCCCCAAAUACAUCGACCACACCCGCUCCGACGCCAACGCCAUCGCCAUGCCAUGGCUUCAAUGGAUCCUCUUUCAUUGGUGGCAUUGUGCUGACCCUGGGACUGCUGGCCAUCGGCUUGGUGGCCUACAAGUUCUACAAGGCUCGCAACGAGCGUAAUUACCACACUCUUUGAGCCGCCACAGCGUUUACGUCGGCAUUUAAUGCGGCCGGAGCCGGAGCGGCGGCAAGCAGCAACAACACCGCCACGGAUGCCGAGCGUGUGCGCUUUGUUCAGCCAUCAAUACCAUUGCGAUCGCCACCGGCACAGCCGCCACCUCCUCCACCAACCGGAGCCAUCGGUGGUGCGGCAGCAGCCGCGCAUUCAACACCCCAAAAUUGUUCGCCUUCGGCUAGAGAUCGACUGCUGCAUACGUAAUUUACUCUCGGGGUAUAUAUAUAUAUAUAUAUAUAUUAUUACAAUAUUAUUGCUAUCCAAAGAGCCCCUAAGCCCCAACUUCACCUACUCCCAAACAGUCGUAUCUAUCACACAAUCACAGUCCUUGUCCUUUGACAUUCAGCUUUAUUGGUUUUUAAUAUGAAUUCUUUCCUUAUCAGCUAUACAGAAAAUUAUAAAUACAAUAUUUGUCUUGAAUGAUUCAUGAAAAGUUUUGCAAAACUCAGUUUAUCAGCAUCUGAGCGGAUGUUGAAGAGCAGAGCCUUCGGAGCUGGGGCUGCACAGCUCCCCUGGAAGACCGAGACAGAGAAAACAGUAAACAAAGAACAGAAAAUGGAGAGACGAAAGAACAAAUAUAACAGCAAAUAUGUGAGACUGCUUGAUAGCGCGAGAAUGAUGAUGAAGCGGCGGCCGGCUGCCUGGAGACGGCUUUGGUUUCUGGAAUUCAUAAAUAGAGCUACGCUACGAAAAGGGAGAAUAUAAAUUUUGAUUAUAUUUACACAACUUUUGAACAACUAAAACAAUUCAUUCUAGCAACUAAGAAUAUUUACUAUCUUAACGAGCUAUAUACAAAAAGAAACGCGUGUCUAUUAUUCUCCUUCUGCAUUAAUGUGCAUUUUUAUAUUUUAAUCGAAUAUAAUUCUUACUAUUG